AUGUCACGCCCAUUUGGAUAUGUUUAUGAUCCUCGAAUGCUUCUUCAUGAUUGUGGCUACGAUAAAACGAUGGCUGAAAACCCACAAAGAAUCCGAUUGAUUCAUGAAAGACUACAACAAGAUGGAUUAUUGAAUGCUGAAAAAGCAAUAAAAAUCGAAGCAAGAGAAGCGAGUGAUGAAGAACUUAUGUUAAAUCAUCCAAAAGCAUUAAUUGAUGAAAUCGCUGCAUUGAAUAAUGAUAAAUUAUGCGAAGAAUAUUGCAAAGAUAAGGAAAUCCUUUGGACAUGUGAAAAUACAUUGGAAGCUGCGAGAGUUGCAUCAGGUGCAACUAUUGAGAUUGUUAAAGCUGCGAUUGAAAAUAGAAUUGAUAAUGGAUUUGCGAUUAUUCGACCACCUGGACAUCAUUCUUAUGGAAAAACUCCACGAGGUUACUGUAUUUUUAAUAAUGCUGUUAUUGGAGCAAAAUAUGCGCUGGAAUAUUUAGGAAUCAAAAAGGUGGGUUGGGAACUAGUUACAAUUGGAUUAGGAUCGAUGUUCCAAUUUUCAAAGAGAGAACUUUAUUUGAAAUUUUUUGUUUUUCAAAAUUUUCUUUAAUUUUGGAGCCCUAUUUCUAUCAGCUUCAGAAUUUUUCAAAUUUUUUCCAAAAGUUUAUUUCCAGGUGGCAAUAGUCGAUUUCGAUUACCACGCUGGAAAUGGAACUUAUGAAUCUGUCAAAAACGAUAAUCGCAUCCACCUGACUUCAAUUCACGCUCAUCAUCAUGGCGCAUUUUGGCCAUUCACCAGAGAAUUCGAUUAUGCUACUUGUAAUCGUAAGUGUUCUAUUGAGAUCUCUCUGAAAUUCUUGAUUUUUUUCAGCUCACACACUUUUUGUCCCUUUGAAUGGUUCAAUGAAUACAGAAGCUGAUUAUCUUGGGAUUUUUCAUCAUGUGGUUUUGCCACAACUUCGUCAAAUUAAACCUGAGGUAUUUAAGAAUUCUCAAAUUUACAAAAUUUCAAAAAACUUUCCUAUUUAUGUUAGUUGAUCAUAAUUUCUGCUGGUUUCGAUGCUGGAUAUUUCGAUAUAAUGGGACCUGUUGGACAAGGUGUUAAAGCACAUGGAUACGGUCAUAUGGCUCGAUUAUUAGCCGAAGUUUGUCCGGGAAAAACGAUUGCUGUUUUGGAAGGCGGAUAUUUUCCGAAAAAUUAUACGGAAUCUGCAAGUAUGUUGGUGAGAGGACUUCAGGUUGGUUGAAUUGGAAAAAAAACAGACGGGGUGGGCUCAGCCCAAAGUUAAUACAAAAAAUCGGGCCUUUCUGGAUCAGGCCUAAUUUUGGGGCCCGCCGUCACUGUAAUUUCAGCAAACCCGACAUUUCGGAAUAAAUAUUAUUUUUUUUAGGGAUUAGAACUUCCACGAAUCGAAUUUCCAAAAAGAUUAUCUGGUGCACUAGUUGAAACAUUAUGGAAUGUUUUAUAUCAUCAUCAAGAAUGGUAUCCAGAAUUAAAAACAAAGUUGGACAAAUUGAUUGAACAACAAAAAGUUUUGAAGCUCAAGGAAUUUGUUCCAGAUCAGAUUUUAUUUUUUGGUGACAGUAAGUUCUUAUAGCUUUGUUUUUCUUCUCAAUCAAGAUUUGAUUUUCACUUACAUAGGAAUGCGAAAAAUAUACGACGACAUGAUAAAACAUGGAAUAUGUAGAACUAAAGAAUGGUUCCCUGAAGUUUCUGCUGAACAAGAGAAAGAUAUGAAUUCGAAAAUUGACAAAUAUAUCAGUGAAUACAAAUUUAGUGCCAAUCACGAUUUACCAAACGAGCAACAACUUUUGGCUCAAUUAGUUUGGGAUGAACAAACUCGAUCGGAUGCAUUUAUCCAAUCUGCUCCAUUUACAACUGCACUUAUCACUGAAUAUAAUGCAUUUGUUGAUGGUAAGUGAAGUGGUUUUGAGAUGUUUUGAGAUAAUUAUUUCUCAGGGAAAAUUGAUAAUAUGAUGAUUUGUGAUCGAGAAUUAGUUAGAAAUGCUGUUCAGAAUGGAUCAUUUGAUAAACACGAAAAAUAUGAGCAUCCGUUUUGA